UAGUCCGUAGUCAGUCUCUUGUGGACUCUUCCUGUUCAUCCACUCGCUACUCGAAGUUGCCAACUCCAACUCCAACUCCAACGCGAUAUCUUUCUGACGCUCCAUUGCUCUGCCGCCGCCGCCGCUGCUGCUGCUGGACACGCUUGAACUCUCUCUCCAGUGACAGCCUGUAAGGUUAGAAACAAAGCAAACCCCGCACCUUUGUGCAGUUCCAACAGAAAAAAGGUGCAGCUUUGCUUCCCUUCCUCUUCGUGGUGCCGCAGUCAGUGUCCUUCAUUCGCAUUCCGCACGCCUUCUCCUCCUUUUCUGCUAGAACUGAAGGCAUCUUAUAUCCCAGUCCGUUAGACCUCACUCUUUCUCGUUGACAGCAACACUUCUUGCGCUCUCGUAUCUACGUUCCGGGUUUUCGUGUCCCGGUCAACCAACGUCUUCCCCGCCUGCGGAUUUGGCCCUGACGACCGCGACCUCUACGGCAAAGAAGGCUACCAACCUAGAUACCUAGUCGUUUUCAUCUUUCUUUCAUUUUUUCUCGCGCGCGCGCGUGUGUGUGUGUGAGAGAGAAAACAGCUACGUUGGUAAUCAUGAACAUCGACUACUCGCGAAGGAAUAAGAAGCCCCGGCUACUUCUGGAGCCGGAGAGGCAGGAACUAGAGGAGUUUAUCGAUUCCAUACACUAUUCUUCAAGAUAUUCAGACAAUGAAUUCGAAUAUCGCCAUGUCCAGCUCCCCAAACAUAUGCUUAAAAAGAUACCCGCCGACUAUUUCGACACCUCCAAAGGGACGCUGAAGCUACUGUGGGAGGAAGAGUGGAGAGGUCUGGGAAUUACGCAGAGCUUGGGUUGGGAACAUUAUGAAGUGCACGAGCCAGAGCCACACAUUUUGCUCUUCAAGCGACCGAUUAACUACCAACCACCCACCAAUUAGUUAACCUUAUCGUCUCUCCUCGCUCCAAAAGGAACACAAAAAAACUAAUGAUAUACGCCGGGGCGUUCUUGCAUUUGUCCACAAUAAUAAAAGCCAGUUUUCUAAAGAGCAAUGUAGAUCUCACAAGCGAUCCAUUCACGCUGUUCGAAAUUGGCUUCAAAACCGACUUUGGGAGUCCAGGCAUUGUUUUCCCGAAAUUCCUUAUAUCGAUCUGUUUAAUUUGACUCUCCUUGUUAUUUUCCAACUCCCAUAUAGAUAUUUCAUUUCACUUUUCUCUUUGCUAUUAUUUUCCGCCAUUGCUGAAAGACCGAGAUAUCUCACUUGAGCACGCUCCAACACACCCCUUUCACCCCUUUGUUUUAUCAUUACUUUUAGGUAAUACAUGGAUGUGUCUUCCAUAGCCUCUCUCCCGUCCACUCCCCAUUGCUCUUCUCUUCCUAUCUUUUAUCAUCAGAAGUUCCAACCAUCGUUUCUUUUUCCCCCUUCAUUCUGACAUGUUUGUCUCAAAUCCCUGACCGUACCAAUAAUGAAUCAAACGACAUUCUUCUGCAACCAUUCUUCCCAUUGUUCGCGGGUGAAGCUGCUACUAAUGGAUCUCUCCUCGACGCCCUUUUUGUUUUGUUUAAAAACAACGAAUCAUCCACUGGUUAGUACGAUACGUGCUUUUCAAAAUAAGGCAGCAUUACCUGCGCGCAUCCAUUCCUGCGAAUGGUCUCCAAGCAAAGCAAAUAAAAGAACUUACAUCGAAGUACACUGUAGGCGUAAAAUGCGCCCCAAUCAACCGCGCGGCCUUUUGAAUAAUGUCCAG